CGAUCCAUUCCCCAGAGCGUGCGGGGGGUGGAAUGGCUCGGAGAGCCACGGUGGGUGAGGCAAGUUUCUCCGCGAAAGCUGGAAGCGUCCUCCUCACCCACGUUGUUUCCUCUCAUUAAAGCCCUGGAACAGGGCAGGGUGGGCUUGGAAUAGGGACAAGGAACGGAAGCGGGAAGGGGAGGAGCACUCACCCCUCUCAGCCUUGGUGCGCGCCGCGCCCCCUACCCUCACGGUACCAAGUAGGGGACGCGCGGGCCGGACGCGCCCAGACGGCCGCGAUGGCGCCUGUGGCCCGCGGGCUGUCCUGGGGGGUGGGCCCGUACCCUGCCUUUCGGGGCUGGGGCGCGGUCGUCUUCGUGUGGCUUUUUCUCAGCACCUUGUGCACAGCCCCUGCCAGCGCCAUCCAGGUGACGGUGUCAGACCCCUACCACGUGGUGAUCCUAUUCCAGCCCGUGACCCUGCCCUGCACCUACCAAUUGACCACGACCCCAACAGCACCCAUCGUGAUCUGGAAGUACAAGUCUUUCUGCCGGGACCGCAUCGCCGAUGCCUUCUCCCCGACCAGCGCUGACAACCAGCUCAAUGCCCAGCUGGCAGCGGGUAACCCAGGCUACAACCCCUAUGUGGAGUGCCAGGACAGCAUGCGCACUGUCAGGGUCGUGGCCACCAAGCAGGGCAGUGCCGUGACCCUGGGAGACUACUACCAGGGCCGGAGGAUCACCAUCACAGGAAACGCUGACCUGACCUUUGACCAGACCGGUUGGGGGGACAGUGGUGUGUAUUACUGCUCCGUGGUCUCAGCCCAGGACCUCCAGGGGAACAACGAGGCCUACGCAGAGCUCAUCGUCCUGGGCAGGACCUCGGGGGUGGCAGAGCUCUUACCUGGUUUUCAGGCGGGGCCCAUGGAAGACUGGCUGUUUGUGGUCGUGGUCUGCUUGGCUGUCUUCCUCGUCUUCCUCCUCCUGGGCAUCUGCUGGUGUCAGUGCUGCCCUCACACCUGCUGUUGUUACGUCAGAUGCCCCUGCUGCCCGGAUAAGUGCUGCUGCCCAGAGGCCCUGUAUGCUGCAGGCAAAGCAGCCACCUCAGGCGUCCCAAGCAUCUACGCCCCCAGCACCUAUGCUCAUCUCUCCCCUGCCAAGACCCCACCCCCACCAGCCAUGAUUCCCAUGGGCCCUGUCUACAACGGGUACCCUGGAGAGUUCGACAGGAACAGCUCAGUUGGCGGCCACAGCUCCCAGGUACCCCUGCUUCGUGACACAGACAGCAGUGUGACCUCUGGUGAGAACCAAUUGUUACAAGAAGUCCGCAGCGGCUACAGGAUUCAGGCCAGCCAGCAGGAUGACUCCAUGCGGGUCCUAUACUACAUGGAGAAAGAGCUGGCCAACUUUGACCCUUCUCGACCUGGUGCCCCCAAUGGCCGUGUAGAGCGGGCCAUGAGUGAAGUCACCUCCCUCCAUGAGGAUGACUGGCGAUCCCGGCCUUCCCGAGGUCCUGCUCUUACCCCAAUCCGGGAUGAGGAAUGGGAUCGCCAUUCCCCUCGGAGUCCCAGACGGUGGGAGCAAGAGGCCCCCACAGAGCGGCCAGGGAGUGGCUGGGGGGCCGGGCGGCCCCGUGCCCGAUCUGUGGAUGCUCUGGAUGACCUCACCCGGCCGAGCUCUGCUGAAUCCGGGAGGAGGUCUCCCCCAAGUCGGGGGAGGAGAGGUCAAGCCUAUGGACCACCGAGAAGCCGAAGCCGAGAUGACCUCUAUGAUCAAGAUGACCCAAGGGAAUUUCCACACUCCCGGGAUCCCCACUACGAUGACUUCAGAUCUAGAGAACGCCCUCAUGCUGACCCCAGGUCCCGCCACCACCGCUCCCGGGACCCUCGGGAGGAUGGCUCUAGGUCUGGGGACCCCCAAUAUGAUGGGCGGCUACUGGAAGAGGCCUUGAGGAAAAAGGGGCCAGCUGAGAGAAGGCGACCUUACAAGGAGGAAGAUGAGGAGGCGGCCUACUACCCUCCAGCGCCUCCACCUUACUCUGAGACGGACUCCCAGGCCUCACGGGAGCGGAGGCUUAAGAAGAAUUUGGCCCUGAGUCGGGAAAGUUUAAUCGUCUGAUCUCACGUUUUGUAUGUACCUUUUGUACUUUUUUUUUUAAUUUGAGGGACUGAAAUGAUGAUCUUGCCCUAAGUCUAAUAAAACUUAUGAUCACAGG